AUGCUCGAAAAUUAUGUGAAUUUUAUUGCAACUUGUGGAUCUGCUCCAAGUCUAUCAAAAUGCCAACUUCGCCGAGUGCAAACUCCACCUUCAAACCCAAUUGCCUUUUUUGACGAUCACUACAACUCGUGGGAGAUACGCUGCUCAACUUGUAUUUCAACUUAUAAUAACGAUUACAAUCGAAUAGAAGGUUUCAUAAACCAGCUUGGCCAUAAUCAAGAUUUUGAUCUCAAAUCUGAGUUUAUGUCAAUGCGACGAGCUCAGCUGCAUCGUGUUAUGGAAAAUCACAGAUCCAUUUUCGACUUUUUUACUCAUCAUAAAUUCAAUUUUGGUCUACUCAAUGUGCAAAACAGCAGCAUUCUUGCAGCGGCUGCUGAAAUUGCAGAAAUUGAGAAUCGCCAUCAUUGUGACACGCCGAUGAUGAUGACCCCAACUCCGGCGGCGGCGGCGGGAGACAUUGCAUCAAAAGAAACUCAAUCUGCUGCAUUUGAAGUCAGCAACCCUAACAAUGCAGACAAUGAUGAUGAUAAAUUGAUAGAGCCGAAAGAUAGCGCCGCCGCCGCCGUUGACGCCCCUGCCGACACUGGGUCAAUCAUUGAGAUAUCAAGCCAGUCUUCAGAUGAUGAUGACGACGACGAGGACGACGAUCCGUCAUACAACUACGAGCCAAACAAAACUUUUACAGCAGAGCGCAAAAAACUGCUAAAAAAGCAGCGGCGUAAUGUCUCCACUCAAGCUGCUAUUCAAGCAUCGUUGCAAGAAGAACGAUUUAAGCCUAUCCGACUCGGAAAUCGAGGAGGGUCGACUAGUGAUCGUCGAGUCGUCGGAUUCGGAGCAGGAGGAGGAAAACAAGCGCGAGAAGAAUCUCAAAAGACCAGCAUCGACACCAUCAAACUCGUCCACAGAUCUACAACAACAACCACCUCCAGCCAAGAGAGCAGCAGCAGCAGCAAACAGCAGCAGCCAAGUGCAACAACCAAUAAAGCUACGACUAAAAGCUUUGAAGGGUGCAGCGAAUCCGUGCCAAUAUUUGAUGCACACUUCCGACGAAUCGGCCUCAAGAAACUUCUCCCAAAACCACCAGCCAAAUCAAAAAAAGAUGAUGAUGAAUGGUAUUUGCCAAAUGGAAUAUAUCUCAACCCAAACUACAACGGCGAGCGGCGACGGAACAACACACAGCGACAAACCAAAGGAGGAGGAGGAGAAUCUUCCCCCGCCACCGAUUCCACCACCAGUCGCAGAGUCAACUCCAACCAAAUUCACAACAACGCCAGAGAUGAAAACAGUGACGCCGUCAUCAAAAAUCUACAACUGCAAGAGAAAUCUCACACAAACACUAUUUGGCAAAAGGUAAUUUACAAAUGCGACUGUGUGUGUGUGUGUUAUUAUGUGCUUUUUAGAAAAUCGCCCCCAAAACAACCAGAUGUGCAGAAAAUAGCCACCAGCGAACCGUCGCCAAUCAAGACAACAGUGACACGAGAAACUCAAACGGAUCCGCUGCUGCCACCACCACCGUUUCAGCGGCCACAGCAUGCACCAACAAUCUCCAGCAACAACAACAACACUCAGCUCAUCAUAACAAUGACAAAUUACGGUCUUCUCAUGACGCCAGUCAACAAUUCCAAUGUUCAAGUGAGCAUCAACGAACUCAACCUCCCCAAAGCGUUCCAUCCCAUCCCUGGAACAAUGCCACAAAACAUUGGAGCCAAGCGUCUCUUCAUGAAUGUGAGCAACCCAGCAGUAGCACCGGUGAAACCACCUCGACGAAAGAAGCAACAAAAAUCCACAAUCAACUCACCGAAACAACAACAACCACCACCACCACCACACAUUGGGCAUCACAACCAGCACAACACCUCCAUUGGCAGCAACAAAACCACUUCUUCUGGCAGCAACAGUACAAUCCCUGCAUCUGGAAUCAUGAUGGAUCACACGCAGACCAUCAGCCAUUCAACAACGCCAACUACUCCUCAACUCAAUACAACUAUCCAGAGUUUCAACAGCGAAUCCAACAGCAGCAGCAUUUUGAGCAACAACGAUUUCACAGCGGCCGACCAAUGUUUUCUUCUUUCGGAGGAGAGGCAACACGUGGACAAAGCUAUUCUGGAGCAAAUUUACACCGACCAAUUUAUCAACAGAGCAACAUCGGCAACAACUGGCCAACUUGGCCAGCAGACAGUCAUUCCACCACCGCCACCGCCGCCUACCAACAACCACCACCUGACUUCGCUGCCAGCGCAAACCAACACUACUACAGCUCACAUUUCCAACCAAACAACGUUAACCAACAGCAGAGACAAGAAAGCAGCGCCUCCGGCUUACAAUCAAAUCUUCCCACCGAAAAAGAAUUCAAUUAUGACAAAGGAUCAGCUUGCUCUCUAUUUUCAACAACAGCAGCAGCAGCGGAAUCAACAACUCUUUGCAGUAGCGGCGGCGGCGGCGGCGCAACAGCGUCAACCACAACGACAAUUUCUUUACCGACAGCAAUUAUUACACCAACAAACAUACAACAGUUACGUCCCUCAUCAUCAUCAUCCAAGCAACAGCACAACAAUUCAACAAACGACAAACAAUUCGUACCCACAUCACCAGAAAACUACCGCCCAAUUUCAACCCCGAUGA